UGUGUGGUGAGAAAGGAGGAAACAGAAGUGACAGUGUAGCGGAAGUGGUACUGCCCUGAACGCUGAGCGAGACGGAGGACGGAGGCUCAAUCGUCCAGAACGUGAAAAAAGCAGGAUUAAAAGUCAUCAAUAUUUCUAGAAAAUGGAUAAGAACGACCUGGUACAGAAGGCCAAGCUUGCUGAGCAGGCUGAGCGCUAUGAUGACAUGGCUGCAGCCAUGAAGUCGGUGACGGAGCAAGGCGCAGAGCUAUCAAAUGAGGAGCGCAACCUUCUCUCUGUUGCCUACAAGAAUGUGGUUGGAGCUCGUCGCUCAUCCUGGCGUGUCAUCUCAAGCAUUGAGCAGAAGACCGAGGGCAAUGACAAAAAACAGCAAAUGGCACGUGAAUACCGGGAGAAGAUAGAAACUGAGCUGCAGGAAAUCUGCCAGGACGUGCUUGGGCUACUGGACAACUUUCUCAUUGCCAACGCAUCUUCUGCUGAAAGUAGGGUGUUCUAUCUGAAAAUGAAAGGUGACUAUUAUAGAUACCUUUCUGAGGUUGCAUCUGGAGAUACUAAAAAGGACACAGUAGAGAAUUCCCAGCAGGCGUACCAGAACGCUUUUGACAUUAGCAAGGGAGAGAUGCAGCCAACACACCCCAUCAGGCUUGGCCUGGCCCUCAACUUCUCAGUCUUCUAUUAUGAAAUCCUCAACAACCCGGACAAGGCCUGCAGCCUGGCUAAAACGGCAUUUGAUGAAGCCAUUGCUGAACUUGACACUUUGAACGAGGACUCCUACAAAGACAGCACCCUGAUCAUGCAACUACUAAGGGACAACCUGACUCUGUGGACAUCAGAAAACCAGGCAGAUGAGGGAGAGACCGGAGAUGGGGAAAACUAAUGGAAUUGCACUGUUAAUCCACCUACACUCUUAUCUUAAACACAGACAGCUUAUAUACAUCCCCCUCCACUCCAUCAGCCCCUCCCACUUCUGUAUGACAAGCAGCCUGAAUUGCUUCUGACCAACUAGUUUACCCCUCUCAGUUCACUGUGAGGUGACAGGGUAAUUUUCAGUUGUUAGCAGAUUCAGUCACUUCGUGGAAACAUGUUGUAUUGAUUAGUGAGUCCAUGUCGCUGUUUUUUUUUUCAGCUUUGUAUGUAGGUCUGUAUGUAGUGAGUGAGCAAGUGUGAGUGAAUGUGAGAGAUUGUGUGCUUGUUCUGGGGGGGGGAGGGGGGAUGUUGUGACUUCUAUUCGUCCUUCCAAAUUCCUUUGUCCCAGCUAGUUUGUUGUGCAUUUUUCAUCCCUUUUUGUUACUUUUCUUAUUUGUGAUUCCUCAUUAUAUUUACAGGUUUUAUUGUAAGGUAAUUAAACUGGCAGUUGAUUUCCACCAAACACUGUGAUGGUAGGCGUCCCAUUUGCUUCACAACCCCAGAACAAUUUUUGUGUUUGAAUUUCCAGACACAUACAAUCCUGUAUUCAACUAAUUGCAAUUCUGCUGUGAGCUCAUACAGAAAGGAGGUAGGCUGUAUUGUGACACUGACAUCUUGGUGUAAUGCUCCUUGAUCAUGUUCACAAAUUCACAGUUUUAAAGUUAUGAGGGACCCCUUAAAUUCUCAUGUUAAAUUUGUUCAGACAUAAGACAUUCCACAAUAUUAGGCAUUUGGAAAUGGCAGUGCUCCUUUUUUUUCCCAACUAAGUAUGGAUCGUCAUUGUAGUUUUACUCAUUGUUCAGGUGCUGCUUGGUCUCAGUACAAUGGAAAUUGUAUGUGCGUAAAUGUGGUUCCUUGUAUUUUGCAAGAUUGACUAUCAUCUGUAUGUAAAACCUAAAGUAACCUUUUAUUGAUAAUUGAAAAUGUCUUACCACACUGUAUCGACCCUGCUUGCAAAAAUAUUCCUCUUAAAACGGUUGUUUUCUCCAAAAAGUUUUUGUGCCUGGCUUUCUCUCACAGCCUCUAGUAUUUUUCUCUAGGUAGCAACAUUUGCUUGUUGGAAAUCUCAUAGAAUGAGUUCAGCUACAAAAACGGUUAAAUCCUGACCUCAGUUUUUACCCAGGUGAAUCAUUGCUGUUUAAAGAUGACUGGUGAGAAUGAUCGCCUCAAAAAUAGGUUUGCUUUAGAAGGUAAAUGAACGCAUGUCAUCACUUUGGAAAGAAGCUCAGUGUCACAAUACCAUGCAUCACCACUACAUUCCACGUUACUGUAGUUGAAGACACCAUUCCACAUUAUAGCUGGCGGUCUGUUUACUCUGACAAUGCUCAAAUGAAGUGAAAUUUUUGUUGGGGAGAAAAGAAAAACAUGUCAGUUUAUUAUUAUGCUUGAUGAAAAUGCAGUUAGUGAAUGUGGAACGAAGCCUGUCUGUAUAUCAGGUAUCUACUUGCUUUGUUUUUACUGACAAGUCUUAUGGCUAAAAUUUGCUUCUGUAACAGUCUAUUACCCAGUGCACACACGUGGUUGUGAAAAUUUAGAAUAGCUAUAAAAAGCAGUGAUGAAAUGGAGAUAAACAAUGGUUGGUGUAAUUCUAGCUUUGUGUUUAUGUAUCUUAAAACCAUUCUAGUUUCACUAUUCAUGUAAAAAAUUAGGAAAGUGUCAAAGACCAUUCAGUGAAAUAAAGUUUCGUUUAAGAUAAGAAGCUAAUUACGUCUUCAUUUCUGUUCAUAUUGGCCCUGAUAAGAAAUUUUGAUAGAAAAGUAGCAUUGAGCUAUGUUUCCAAUCAUAAAAAAAUACAUUACGCGUGAUUGUGCAUACGCAGGCUUCUCACUUUUGACAAUAGCUACCAUGCUGAUGAGAACUAGUUUUUAUCGCGGAGUGUGACGUUCUUGUUCUCACAGCUUAAUUGAAAUACUGUUGUGCGGAGGAAGCGUGCAGGUGUUCUAAGGUGAUAAUUAAAUCAAAACAUCCUCGCGCUGAUGUGGAAAGUGUGCUCACAAGCUACUGCUCUGAAAAGCCCGACGCCUUGGCAUUAAAUCUGUUGCACAAGAUGAACAGCAGUGGACCUGCGUAUCCUCUGGCCUCCUUGUAUGUUGGGGACCUGCACCCAGAUGUUACAGAGGCCAUGCUUUACCAAAAAUUUUCCCCUGCUGGACCCAUCAUGUCUAUUCGGGUGUGCCGUGACAUCAUUACCCGCAGAUCUCUGGGAUAUGCCUACAUAAACUUCCAGCAACCCGCUGAUGCGGAGUGUGCCCUUGAUACAAUGAACUAUGAUGUCAUCAAGGGUCGGCCAAUUCGAAUAAUGUGGUCGCAGCGUGACCCAGGACUCAGGAAGUCCGGUGUGGGAAACAUCUUCAUCAAGAAUAUGGAUGACUCCAUUGACAACAAGGCGCUGUAUGACACCUUCUCAGCCUUCGGCAAUAUUUUGUCUUGCAAGGUUGUUUGUGAUGAGAAAGGAUCUAAAGGCUAUGGAUUUGUUCACUUCGAGACACAGGAGGCAGCAAACCGUGCCAUUGAAACAAUGAAUGGGAUGCUGCUGAAUGACAGGAAAGUGUUUGUGGGUCACUUUAAGUCACGCAAGGAAAGAGAGGUGGAGUUUGGUACCAAAGCCAUGAAGUUCACUAACGUCUACAUAAAAAACUUUGGGGAGGACUACACUGAUGAGAAGCUGAAGGAGGUUUUCUCUGCAUUUGGAAAGACUCUCAGCGUGCGGGUGAUGAAAGAUGAGAAGGGCCGUUCCAGAGGAUUUGGCUUUGUCAAUUAUGCUCACCAUGGAGAUGCUCAGAAGGCCGUUGAAGAAAUGAAUGGAAAAGAAAUCAAUGGGAAGGUCAUCUACGUUGGGCGGGCUCAGAAGCGUUUGGAGCGGCAGGGGGAGCUGAAGCGCAAGUUUGACCAGAUCAAACAGGACCGCAUCCAACGCUAUCAGGGGGUUAAUCUGUAUGUGAAGAAUUUGGAUGACGGAAUUGAUGAUGAGAGACUCCGGAAGGAGUUUUCCCCUUAUGGGACCAUCACCAGUGCAAAGGUGAUGACUGAUGGUGGCCAAAGCAAAGGCUUCGGCUUUGUUUGCUUUUCUUCUCCCGAAGAAGCUACCAAAGCAGUGACUGAGAUGAACGGGAGAAUUGUUGCAACCAAGCCGUUGUAUGUUGCUCUGGCACAGCGCAGGGAGGAGCGUAAAGCCAUUCUCACAAACAAGUACAUGCAGAGGCUUGCUACCCUGAGAACCAUGACCAGUCCAAUCAUUGACUCCUACCACCAGUCUGGAUACUACAUGACGGUACCACAGCCUCCUACUCGCUCCUUUUACAACCACAGUGCGGUCAGCAACAUGAGACCAGUUCCUCGUUGGACAGGACAACCACCGAGACCACAGGGCCCUUACCCAACACAGUUUGUUGGUGGUUCCGUUCCUCGCCGGGGAUCAGCAACCAUUACCACAGUCCGACAGGCCUCCACUCAGGCUCCACGCAUCGUCACCUCCACACAAAAGACGAACAACAUUGGGACGCAGACUGUAGGAGGGCGCACUGAUGUCCCCGGCGUGCCCAGAGGCAGCCAGUACAAGUAUUCAUCUGCAGUGAGGAACCCUCUGCACGUGGUUACGCUGCCUGCACCUAUGAUCAGACCACAGGCUGUUCCUGCACCUGUUAUGGAGCCACCGGUGCACCACCCGGGCCCAGAGUCGCUCACCGCCUCCAUGCUGGCUGCAGCUCCACUCAUGGAUCAGAAACAGCUUCUUGGUUUGGCGUGUUUUUGGGAGCGACUGUACCCACUGAUCCAUGCACUCCACCCAAACCUGGCUGGAAAAAUCACUGGGAUGCUGCUGGAGAUCGACAACUCAGAGCUGCUGCACAUGCUGGAGUCACCCGAGUCCCUGAACUCUAAGGUGGAUGAAGCUAUUGCUGUCCUGCAGGCUCACCAGGCGAAAGAGAGUUCUCCAAAGAAGUGAAGCCCUGUCAGGUGUUUGCAAAAGUUCUGGAAGAAGAUGGGACAAUACUCAGUACAUAUUUGAGGAUAGAAAAGAGUCAAAUAGAGGAAAACAGAAACCUCUGGAUAAUAAUGGUAAAAAGAUUUCUGAAGUUGAAACUAUUUUGUUGUUGCAAUACCUUUUGUUAGAAUAUAAAGUUUACAGUGUGUGC